GUUUCUACUGCGCCAUGUCCCUACUCCUCAUGGCGGCUGGUUGGCUCGCCUCCUUCCUCACGUGCACUCGCAUGCAACUCCAUGCUGCAACUUUUCUCUUGCCCUGCUUGCUUGAGUCUUACUCCUCUCCUCUUGCAACUUCUGGUCUUGGAAAGCGCACGAGGCUCGAUGUUCCAUGAUCUCAACUCUUGUGACGUCCUUCUUGUCCCAUAUCAACCUUACACGUCUACAACCUCAACAAUGCCAGUCUGCAACUAUUCUUGUUCCUGUGCAUUUCCUUUUCCCUAUCAUUUUGAACUGCAUUCAGCUUUCCCUCAAGUUUGUCAUCUAUGUGAGUCAUGAUACAUGCGCUACAUUCACUUUCAUCGCUUCGCCUGACACCUUCACUCCCUGUGAAUCCUCAUUUCUAGUAUCUGAUGUCGCCACAUGAUCCUCAUCUUCAGUGUCACGCGUCUACUUCUAAAUUCUGUCUAAACCUUGCUUUGUCCUAAAUGCUCUUAUCCCCCUGCUGUUUUCUGCUGCUUUCCACAAACACUUGUUCUCAUAUGGGAGCUUUCUGACAUUCAAGGCAUGGCAUGUUUUGAUUUCGACUGACCAAAUUUUUUUGUUAGGCUGUUACACAGCUUCGGCCUCGACCUAACUUGCUCUAUUUUUAUUGCCAACUAACCACACAUUCCAAGCCUCAUUUUACCUGGGUGAAGUCCCACGCUAUAUUGUUUCAAGUUCACACUCCUCUUAUUCUUGGCUCCUCAAAGGCAACACCAGACCUUCUUUUCCUAUCUAAAAUUGCACUCGUUUUACUUGCAAGUAUCAGCAACGCCAAUCCUUAUCGGAGCUAUGGGUUCCGGUGGCGAUGGAUGCGUGCAGCAAGCAGCUAGCAUUUCUUCCGUAGCCCAAUGGCAGCCA